AUGUGGUCGGCCAGCGACAUCCUUCGAAGGCUGAUUCCAAGCUGUUCUUGUGGAGCUGAGUACGAUCUCCGAUUCUGUGCGCCACAUAUCCUUCCUUGUGCACAUACUUUCUGCCUGAUGUGCCUAAGUAAAGAGAAGCAGAGGAAGAUGGUUGACCGCAUGCGACUACAGCGUGAGUGGUUGGACGAGAAGUCAGGAAAAUGUGACGAAUGCGACUUACGCCGACCGGUGACCGCGAUGAGGCGCUGUCUCACUUGUUUCCGCAGUAUUAAUAAGCACAUGUCUGAACCCUUUCAGGAUUGUGUGAUAUGCCUUGAGUGUUGUGUUGGUCGCCAUAAUGGCCAUGAUUUGAUGGUGCUCUCGUCGAAGCCGUUGCAUAGUUCCGCUUGUGGUCCAGCUACACUUCCUCCUCGCCUGGAUUCAAAGAGAUAUUUGCCGUGGAGAAUUAUGUCGAAUCAGAUGAAAAUAUUCAAACAAGGAAAGAUCACUGAUUGCAGCCUUUGCACAUUGUAUGUCGAUUUACUAUUUUUAUGUCAGUCCUUGAAAAAUAGGUGUGUUGAAAUUUUAGACAGGAACGUUGUUCAAAACCAAGUGAGUCAAAUGUUGGAAUGUCUUCUUAUGCUGUUGAGGAGGACUUGGUGUGUGAAACAAGGAGCCCUUUAUAUUGUAUGUUUGUUUAUAGCAAAUGUUUAUCCUUUUUCAGUAAUCUACUUAUAA